GCAAUACCGACAUUGGAGACUUCUCCUAAAACAGAACUGAAUAUACAGUUUGCAGACCGCCGUCCGCGGGCGAGACGAGAACGCCGGUUUCCGAUUGGCACAACAAAAUCUGCCAACUCGAUUCCACAUCCGGCGUAGUCUUCCUUCUAUUGUAGAAAUCGCAUUGCUCAGAGGCUGCACGGCGGCGUCCGUUGACUUGAGUCCGCGCUCACCCCCGCCCAUUACUUCCUGCGAUUUGUGAAUCUUCUGAAGAAUGGCAGAGGAAAUGAAUCACGCGUCGAGCUACGUGAAAUUGACUAAAGAACAAGCGCCGAUGGAGGACAUUAAUCCCGGCGAGCUUAAUCAGCCAAUAGAAGUUCCUCAGUUACAUGUUCAUAAGUGCAAUGAGUGUGGCCAGCCUUUGCCAGAAAGCUAUCAAGCCCCCGCUGAUGAACCUUGGACUACUGGGAUUUUUGACUGUGCCCAAGAUGCCGAGAGCUGUAGAACAGGCCUAUUCUGCCCAUGUGUUCUAUUCGGCCGCAAUGUUGAACAAGUGAGAGAAGAUACACCAUGGACUGGGCCGUGCAUCUGCCAUGCCAUUUUUGUCGAGGGCGGCCUCACCUUCGCUGCAGUGGUAGCUGCGCUACACGGCAUGAUUGACCCGAGGACAACUUGCCUCAUUUACGAGGGCUUGUUUUUCAGCUGGUGGAUGUGUGGAAUAUACACCGGCCUUCUACGACAGAUGGUGCAGAAGAAAUACCAUCUCAAGAACUCUCCUGGCGAUCCCUGCAUGGUUCACUGCUGCCUGCACUGGUGUGCCCUGUGCCAAGAACACCGGGAACUUAGAGGGCGACUGUCAGAUGAGGCUUUUGAGCCCAUGACCGUGGUUAAUCCUCCUCCGAUCCAAGAAAUGACUGCUGCGAAUGACGGCCAUGAUCAGGCACGGGCUUCUGCGAGUAGGGACGAGCGGGUUACUGUGGAGAUGCAAGCUUUGUAGAAGCUACUCCAUGGCAACUGAGAAAAAAGGUAGCAGUUUUCAUGUCAUUUUGUUGCAGAAUUACCUGUGGAAGUUGAGAUUUUUUACCUCAUUUAUUUGGUUUAAUCUUCAUCAAGGUUUGUAAAAAAUUUGAUGCCUGUGCAUGUGUUUAGGGAGAAAGAAUAUCACAUCUUUUUACUGCUA